AUGGUUAGAAAAUCUUCUCGAGUUCCUGUUGUAAAUGAAUUUUAUUAUUGCGUUUGCGCAGGAUCAUUUGUAGUUAAAGAUCAGGACUCGAAACCGCUGGUCUGCAAGACUUGCGGGAAGUCAAGCCAUAGGGAGUGCGCCCGAUUCUCAGGAAACGAGGAGGACUUUGAGUGUGUGCUUUGCAAGGUGCACACUUUGGACCCGUUCAACGCAGUAGAAGACUUUCUGUGGUACGACUGUAUCGGGAACACGAGUACCUACUUCGUCGUGGACGCAGUUAACUUGCGAAAGUGGAGGUCAAAUAACAAGGACGUGUACAUGGCGUGCAUACCCCUGAACAAGGAAAGGCUGCAGCACGAGUGGCCCAAAACGUUUCAGCUGAAGAUAAACAACGACAUGGUUCACAUAGUCAAGGAGCCGUCCUGGGAACACAAGAGGCGCGACAACCCAAUUAAAAUCACACACGCAAUGCGUACGGGAGAGAACUUGGUGAAUAUUUCGAGCACGACCUACAACGAUAACGAACCGCUGUUCUUGCUGAUAAUUUUCCUGUCGAAGCAGGUCACCGUCGACACAAUCCUGAACAACGUGAAGAAGAACCAGUGUGUGCCCUACGAUGACGCGAGGUCCAGAGUGCACACGAUCUUAAACACGGAAAUAGGGGACGACGAGAUCGUAUGCAUGGAUAGCACGCAUAAGCUGGACUUCAGCUGUCCGGUCACGCUCGACAAGAUCGAAGUUCCCACGCGGGGCAAGUUCUGCCGCCACAUUCAGUGCUACGACCUGUCAGGGUACUUGAAGGUCAUGGAGCGCACGUCAGCCUUCAACAUGAGGUGGCGGUGCCCCGAGUGCCAGUUGAUCGUCAAGCCUCACGACCUGGUGGUGGACACGUUCGUUGAAAAACUGAUGAAGGAUCUUCCGAACGCGAACACCAUCGAACUUGACAAGGAGCUGAAUUAUCGCAUCAUCGUGGACGCAAAUGCCCUGAGGGCGUCCACGCUACCGCAGUCUGAAGAAGAUCUCAAGGAGCGAGUGGCCGAGGCCGCCGCCGAGCUCAAUUUGUCUGAGGAUGAGGCGGCCGUCAAGGCGAGCGAGGCUGUGAUUGAGCUCGUGGAGUCUGAUGACCACUGCGAGGUCAUAUGCAUCAGCGACGACGAGGCCGGUGCACAGCCGCCGACUCCCCGGAAGAACGGGCGACUUCGCAAGUCCGCUCCGCAGUCGGAUAAGGACGCGGAAUCUGAAGGCACAACUGACACCAAGAGGCGACGCCGGAAGCUGCGGAAGCCUGUUGAGUCAGUGCCGAGCUUCUACCCUCUCAUCGAGGACUCGGCCCUGGCCGACUGCGUGAAGACGUUCAACCAGAGGAACCUCAACGCCUUCAGCAAAACCACUCCGAGCUACGAGGCGUUCAUUCUCAACCCUCCUCUAGUGGACGAAGACCCCGAGCACUUUGUGAAUUCCAUCUUAGAUGGCCUCGGUGAUAAGCAAAUGUAG